GUGCAUUUUUGUCCUCAUCUUUUAAUCCAAUUCAAAUUCGCCUGCUCAGUUUCAAAUGAAUUCCAUUCAAAAGCACCUCCCCCUUCUUCCUUUCGCUUUCUACGCCUCAGAUCUCUGCUAGUAUUUAGUUGACUCUCAAGUCUCAGCACUGCGGCCACCUUCCAUCGCUCAACUUCGAUCCAAAAGUUAAGGUCAGUUAGAUUGCAAAUAUGAACGGAACAGAGUCAGAGAAGCCACAUUCAUCAUUGUCAUGGCUCAGUCACUUUAGUCCUGAAAAUUCUGAAUGGCUUGCAGAAAAUCUCUUGGAGGUGGACAAGAGUGUCGAAGCAAUGCUAAAGCUGAUUGAAGAAGAUGGAGAUUCUUUUGGAAUUAAGGCUGCAGCAGAUUAUGAGAGGAAGCCGGACUUGAUUGCUAAUGCCGAGGGAUUGUGCCGCAGGUAUAAACUACUUGCUGAGCGCUAUGAUCAUCUGACUGGAGAAUUACGCAAGUACUUGCCAUCAUUCCUCCAAAUGCAGAACUCUGUCAUUUCUCACUCUGGCUCUGGCCAAGGCUCCCCAUUGGCAACUCCUGAUUUUAUGUCCACCCGUACCAGAUUUGGACAACAAUCUGUCAGCUUUGAUUUAUUUCUAAGUUCUGGUGGUAGCUCUGACCUCUCUGUCAAGGAAGGCUUUGAAUCAUCAUCCAUAGAGUCAGAUUCGGAGUUGGAAUUGUUUGAUUCCACCAUCAACAAGCAUUCAAACCCUCAUGUGACCAGUGAUGUCGAAGGGCUAUCAGGCACUGAAGAGAAGGUCAAAGUGACCAGGAAAAGGAUUCCAAAUUUUGAGGUGGAGAUACAAGAAAAUGAGGAUUAUGAGGCUUUGCUAAAAAGAAUUUCCAAGUAUGACGAAGAGUUGAAGGAGACACAUAAAAAGCUUCAACUCUCUGAAGAAGUGGUUGUGAGGCUGACGGGUGAGUUCAACAAGAAGGAAGCUUUUACGGUGCUUAUUGGUGAUUUACAGGCUCAACUGGAUUCAGCUCAUGGAGAAAUUAAGGUGAGAGAGGCAGACCUUGAAAUGGAGAAAAGAAGGGGGUUAGAGCUUCAAAUGGAAAUUGGGAAUUUGGUUGAAGAGCUAGAAAUAGCUAGAGAAAAGCUCAAGGUUUCAGAGGAUGAGAGCAAUGAAAUUUCUCAAGGUAAAUGUCAAUUGCAAGGUCAGCUUGAAUUAGCUCAGAAAUUUGUAGCCACACUUGAAUCCAAGCUUGAAUCAGAGAAAAUGCAAGUUUUGGAGCUUCAGGAGAAAAUUGUAAAGCACAUAGCUGAUGUAUCUAAGCAUGAUCAGGAAAUCAAGGAGUUGAAUUCUGCAUUAAGCAAUGCCCAAAAAACCUUCACUUUGGAUGAAAUGAAGCUCCAAUCUGAUAUUUCGGCUCUAUCAGAAGAACUUGCUCUUUCGGAGGCAAGAGCUGUGGAGUCACAACUGCGAAGAAAAUUAUUGGAAAUCGAGAUCGGCAAAAGUGAAGUUGCAAGAAAAGAAAUGGUAUGUUUGCACGAAGCCCAACAAAAUGGUUUGUGCAAUGAAAUUGAACAGUUGAAGGCAAAUAUUGCUGAGAGGGGCGAAACGGUGGAAGCUUUGAAUAAAAAGCUUGACGUGCUAAAACUGAAAUAUGACAUGCUUGUGGCAGAGAAAGACGGGCUCGAUGCUAAGGUGCAAAUGCUCAUUGCAGAAAUGGAUUCCAGAGACAAACAGAUCAAACGGCUGGAGGAGGAUACACGUCAGAUGCAUAUAGAGUGUGUGGAACUGACCAUUGGAUCCGAAAGUGCUCAGGAGUUGGUUGAUGAACUGAGAGUGAGAGUGGGAGAGCUAGAAAAGGAGGUGGACAGGCAGAGAAUUGUGAUAUCAGAUAGAGCCGAGGAGAAAAGAGAGGCUAUACGGCAGCUAUGUUUCUCGUUGGAGCAUUACAGGAGUGGGUAUCAAGAACUUCGACAGGCAUUUGUUGGGCACAAGAGCCGUGCUGUUUUGGCUUCCUAAGCUGAGUAAGUCCUAUUGAUACUCUCAAAAGUUCCUAUGCAUUUUGUGUAUCUCUGUAUGGUUGUAGUCACAUAGAUCUGCUCUAUGUUGGACCUGAUGUGUUUCUUUUGAGACAUUUGAUAAGUUGGUGUUGUAUAAGACUUUAAUCAAUCUGGAUGCUGCUGUGAGCACUAGAUCUUGUGUUUUCAUGUGACAUAUCAGUAAAGCUAGCUACCAACCUAUCACUCAA